GACAUCCAACAGUCGGCUACAGUCAGUAGUGAACGUGUGUGAAUGAAUGAAAAGAAACGACGAUGGUGUGUGUUGUGUAAACAACUUGUUUUUAUGUGAUUGAGAAAAAAAUCACGCUCUGGGUCUGGGGUUGGCAUUAGUAGAAUCUUGGAAGCAACCAGAGAACCAGGUCUUGUGUGAGGUGGAGACUUCACUUUCAUUCUACUGUCAGCUGUUGUGCAUGGUGCAUCGUUGACGGGCCAAGGUUGACCUCGGAGCAGUAUUUGUAUUUCCUGCUGCAUCGAUCCGCCAAUCCCUUUUGCAGAGUAGCGAGUGUGAUUCGUUCGUCAAGUUGUGAAAAUGGAACUCCAAGAACUGUUGCUGAACGUCCACAGCAAUCUGGAACCACCCAAACCCGACGGAAGCACGUACCUGAUGAACGGGAAUUAUCACUACUAUCACUACGGGUGUGACGGAUUCCAGGACGUGGGUUGGGGCUGCGGCUACCGAACACUGCAGUCCAUCUGUUCAUGGGUAAUACUCAACAAAGGCCUUACGGAUAAGGAAGUCCCGAAUAUUCCAACGAUUCAGCAAACGCUGGUCGAGAUCAAGGAUAAGCCGGAACGGUUCUUCGGUUCCCGGGAGUGGAUCGGAACGCUUGAGGCAAUUUACGUGAUUGACACCCUUUUUGAUGUUUCGUGCAAGGUGAUACAUAUAUCUAAGCGGGACAACAUCGCCAAACACGCCGACACUCUGAAGGAAUACUUUGAAACGCACGGAGGUUUGAUAAUGAUGGGAGGUGACAUGGAUGCGGCUUCGAAAGGGAUUGCCGGCAUUCACAUCAGCGCCGAUUCGUCGGACAUUUAUCUGUUGGUGAUCGAUCCUCAUUUCGUUGGGAAAAUUAAAACCAAAGAAGAGUUGUACACCAAGAACUACGUCAAAUGGCAGAAAGUGGACGAGUUUGUCGAUAGCUCCUUCUACAAUCUUUGUCUUCCGAUUGUGAAGAUCAAAGAAGAGCUUUAAUUUGCAUGUCUAGUGAGCAGGAAGCACGUUUGUACAAAAGUGAAUCAAAGCACUUUUGAUAGUAUCGAUUCGCACCGAACCGUAAGCAUGCGCUUACACUCGACUUUCACGUGAUAACAUUAACUACUACUAACCGAAAUCGAUUGCACUACACAUAGCCACGAAAGAUAUUUGUUUGGAAUGGAAAUAUGCUCAACAUAACAACACUGGAAUUGAACAAUUUCAGAUCUUCUUUCACCUUAAAACCCAAGCAACAGAAAUUGGAUCAACAUUUUCAAUGUACAUCGUCUCUGUGGCAUUGGUCAAAUAAAUAUAUUUCUGCCAAUACUUUUGAAGCAAAAGAGUCUAGUUUAUUCUGCAUUAAACACUUUUGCCAGAAGCACAAGUUAGUUUGCGAGCCUAGCCUCAUAUAUUCUCCAUCGAACGAUUCACGAGUCGAUGUAAAAUUUAGUAAAACAUUGAGUAGCAAAGUAUAUGCAUUUUCGAAGUAGAUCAAAUUUAUUUAUAAACUAAUAGAAGAAAAACAAGUACCAGUUAUAUAUACAAAUAUAUCGUUGUAUGGACAUUAACAAAAGAUGACAAAACAAUAAUACAACAAUUCGUAAGAGCGCCGAGCGCCAACCGUAAAACGUGAACAAAAAUUUGAAUGUAUUCAAUUCAUUGUAUCUACUUGUAUAUCUCAAUGGGACCAAUGGUGUCAAUUGGGUGAAGAUUUAUAGCGAAAUUAUCAUCUUGAAGCAAACAAAAAAAGUAGACAUAAACAUCGACCACCACCCAAACUCAAAUCUCGAAUUGCCAUAACGAUUAGAAGCAUCACUUGUGUACGAGCCAUCGAGGAGCGAAUCUAGUCUGCAGUUCGAGCAGAUGAUCUCCAUACGACCGAAGGGGCAGCAGCAUUAACCAGCGGGCUUAAUAAACGUACACUGCCGUUUUGUGUAAUGAUAUUUGGUCUCCUCAAACUCCUCGACUCAGUUACCCUAAAAUAUUGCAAAAAUAGCAAAUAACAAACGUUUUAACCCCACGGUGAAGAGUAUUUUCUUGUUUAUUGUAUUUAUUUUUACCAAGAUUAUUAUCUGUUGUUACAAAGUCAUAUCGAUUGUUCAUAUAUCUGUUUAAAUGUAA